GGACUGUGACCUCGGCGGGUCUUGCCCCUUCCUCCGCUGACCCCAGCCACGACCCUCCGCCCGCAGCCCCUGAAGCGCUCCGGGGCCGACCUUGACCGGCAGCGGCGGGUCCAUGGAGAACGGCCCGGUCCGGGCGCCGGCGGAGAAGCCGCGGGGCGCCAGGUGCAUCAAUGGGUCCCCCGAGCGGGAGCCGCCGCGCCCCGGGCCCAGCCGGCCGGCAGAGAGGGCCCCGCGGCCGGAGGCCACCAGCGCCCCGCCAGCGGACAGCUGGAAGGACGGGCGGCCCCGCAGCGAGGAAGAUAACGAGCUGAACCUGCCCAGCCUGGCCGCCGCCUACUCGUCCAUCCUGAGCGCGCUGGGCGAGGACCCCCAGCGGCAAGGGCUGCUCAAGACGCCCUGGAGGGCGGCCACGGCCAUGCAGUUCUUCACCAAGGGCUACCAGGAGACCAUCUCAGGUGUCCUCAACGACGCUGUCUUUGACGAAGACCACGAUGAGAUGGUGAUCGUGAAGGACAUCGACAUGUUCUCCAUGUGUGAGCACCACCUGGUCCCCUUUGUUGGAAAGGUCCAUAUCGGUUAUCUUCCCAACAAGCAAGUCCUGGGCCUCAGCAAACUUGCGAGGAUUGUAGAAAUCUACAGUAGACGACUACAAGUUCAGGAGCGCCUCACGAAGCAAAUCGCUGUGGCGAUCACAGAAGCCCUGCGGCCCGCCGGAGUCGGCGUGGUGGUGGAAGCCACACACAUGUGCAUGGUCAUGCGAGGCGUGCAGAAAAUGAACAGCAAGACCGUGACCAGCACGAUGUUGGGGGUGUUCCGAGAAGACCCGAAAACUCGGGAAGAGUUUCUGACACUCAUCCGGAGCUGAGCGCGGGGCGCAGGGUGGGGCUGCGGCUUCCCUGCAGGCGGCAUCCUCUGUGAUGUUUGUGCGUGCCAUUAUCAGUUGUUACAGAUGUGAACUUUAGUCCUCGUCACCAAAUGUAUUUUAAAAUUAUUUAUAGAAAGCCAAAUAAAAAUAAUUAACAAAGGGGCGAGCCCUCUGCUUCCUUCUUGCCACCUUUAGUGGCAAUAUUAAAAUUUAAUAUUAAAUAUUAAAUUGCCAGAAGUGUAAUUCACAGGCACAAAAUCACUGCCAUUCAGAUGACCUGGGGGUACUGGGAAGGGAGGGCAAUUUGUGUAUUUUGGUGUGACAGGGUGGUGAUCUACUCGGAAGCACGGGAGCAUAGGAAAGGGAAGAGAACUGCAGCCAAUAGGCUGCUUUUUCCUCCUCCAGCAGAAAUGGUGUGGAAAGUGCUAGCACAUUUAUGUGCAGGGUCCGUGCGGUAUUGCUCUGUGAAUUCAAAGUCCAGCAGGCUCCACUUUGAUCGUGUUUGUCAAACCUCCAGUGACAUGCUGUUUUUUUAUGUGUUUAUAUUUUAACUAUCCAGUUGUAAAGUUAAUCGCCAAGGGAAGGCGGUGGAGUAUCUAUGUUUCCAAUUUACUGUGAGUUAAAAAGGCACAUUUCUACCUUCUAUUCUUAAAUUCCAGUGCAGGGAAUUAGUUCCUGGGGCUGUUUACCCGCCUAUUCUCACGUCCGCAUGUGAGGCUUAGACGUUUAACUCUCUGUGCCUUGAUGAGAAUAGCACAUCAUUCAGAGUCUAGAUGUUUUGCCUUUUUUUUAAGAGCCAUUAUUUUGUAAGACUUAGCACUGGCAGUGCACUUAACUGGUCAUCACAGUUUACCUUAAAACGUUUCCUGAGAUUUUACUUUGUGUGUUCCAUGUAGAUGCCUUAAAACAUUAUUUUUGAUCUUAUGGAAUAUUUUUCUAAGAAUUUCCAGAAACUUUCGAGAGUACCCUUCAGGUCUGCAGAGCCCCAGCUCCUUUGAACCUGAAAUAGCUCGGCGUGCACUGAGGUUGGACGGCCCUGUGAGCUGUGUCUACCGUCCUAGCCAGAGCCGUGGUGUGUUCGUGGGAACCCCGGGAGCCCUGGGCUGGGUUUUUCUUGUGGUCCGGGAGGAUCUUGUGUUCUGUGUGACUCUGUGUUAAAAUUUUAAUCCUGGAAGCUGUUGCCUUAUAGAUUAUCUUAACAUUUCCUCUGCUGGGGCAGUGUGGGCCAAGUUUAAACAAACAAAACCCAACUCCUCCACAAAGUCAUUCACUGUUGAUAUGGUGCCAGAUGAGGUUCCACUCUGAUCAGGUUUAUUAAGCCAGAAUGAUCCCAUUACCUAGAUGUAAUAAACUGCAAACUGCAAAGCUUGCUCUAAUGCCAGCAGUCCCAUCCCUGCCACUUUGAUGCCAUUUAACUGAUAAAGGCAAGACAGCAGAGGCUCUUUUUUGGUGAUGGUUGUUUUUUUGACUCUUCCCUUCUAUUCCCUGGCAUUUUCUGUAUUUGGAAUUUGAGUGGUAUAGUGGUGGUGGAUUUUUGAGUUCCGUUUUACAUCUAACCCAGCCUACGCAUGAGCUUGCUUACUUUUAGACGUGUAUAAGUUGAUUUCUAAGUACACAACUCAUGUUUGGUAUUUUACAGUAAAAACAAGUGUGACUUGAAGGACCAAAGAAAUUGUUAGCUAUAAAUUUGUCUUUAUGAGAUCAUUUGUAUUCCUUUUUAAUGACUCUUUGUUCUAGCAUUUCCUAGAAAUGUUCUUACAGACGUCUGAUGCGCCCACGGCUGCUGCCUUGUUGGUGAAUGCAGAGUGAUGACCUGUCUCUCUCUCUCUCUCUGGGCCGCAGUGCUUGAAAAUGACCUUUGCAUAUCCAUGAACUUGAGGCCAUUGUGGGGGAAUUUUAAAGAUUUGGUUGCCUUUAAAUUACACUGUUCAAUCAAAUUGUUUGAUUAUAUGUAUGUGUGUGUCUGUCUCUGAGGUCAGCUCUGUUUAAAUUAUUAAAGUGUUAUACCU